AGUGUCGUUUCUGCUUCUUUUGAAUCUUAACGUGCUUUCAUCUAACGUCUCGUAACCCAGUUGAAAUUUACCGGAAAAAAUAAUGAUCAGAUUACAUUUGAAUUAAUAAAAAUUCCGAAUAAGUAAAUACGAAUUUCCUGGGUAGCAGCAUUUCUGAUAAACUGCAUCGUUUCAUUUACUACAGCAGUGCACGCACGCUGUGAUUUUUUUCCAUGUAAACAUGACCGGACAAAAUGCAACGCUCCCAAGUGCCUGCAAUUACAGGGCAGGGUAUCCAGGCCCCUGAGACAGCCAAAGGUCCUGCGACUCACCUGAUCUCAGCCCGGAGGAUCCAACAGCUUUUCCCGGAAAGGCCCUGUCCCCGAAGCAGGAUGGGGUCGACGCUGGGGCAAAAUAUGAACACAUCAGGGCCCACAGCGGCCCCAGACGUCAGCACAGUGUCCGAGUGGCUCAACACUAAUGUUUUCAUCGCCAUCCUGGUGGUGCUGGGGGUCGUCUUGUUGGCCCUCUGUCUCGUGUGCUGGGCAGUCUGGCGAAGCAGGAUCCAAGGGUCCACGGAUGUGAGACAAGCUGAGAUAACAGUGUCCCUCGGUGGGGGUCUGGAGUGUCCUGACCGCCCCGUGAUUAAGAUCUCGACGGGGCAGAGACAUGCCACCAAGCUGGUGACCAAGCUUAUCAAUGCUGGGUGGGGCCCUGUCGAGCAUGUAGGCUCAGCACCGGAGAGUGGUACACCAGGAGGCCCCCGCCAUCCCAAGGCUCCAGAGUCAAGGGUGACACCCUCCCAGGUCCAGUGCCAAAACGAACAGGAAGACUCAUAUGACAAGGCUGGACCCUCCACACAAGGGGGCGCUCUUAGGCGCGUCGAUUAACGGAAGAGACUGCCCUCUCUCGUCCAGUUUGAAGGACAAAGGCUGUUACAUUUUAAUAAAAUCAGAAAUAUGUCUUUGCCAAGCCCAGUUCUGCUUUCAUGCUAUCAUACAAGCUUUGUAAUGUAAUAUUGCCAUAAAUUCAGUAAUGGAUAAAUAUUAAUAUCGCAAAAAUAAAACUAUUUUUCAGGAA